UAUGAAACCAACUAGUGCGGCAUCAGGUAGAGUGAGGCCAGAGGGAGACAAGUAGGUUGACUCCAGGCAGUAGGCUGACACACAGGACACCCCUGCACCUCAAAACCAAGGGAAGAAAUGCUUCUGUCUUUGGGCUUGACAUAAAUAUUACCCCCGGGGAGCCAGCGCAAGAUAAAUAUGGCCCCAAAUUCCAUCCAUUGGUUCCGUAAGGGACUCCGUCUCCAUGACAAUCCAGCGCUGCGGGAGGCGAUUCGGGGGGCUGGCACAGUUCGCUGUGUAUACUUCCUGGACCCGUGGUUUGCUGGCUCUUCAAAUGUCGGGGUCAACAGGUGGAGGUUUCUCCUCCAAUGUCUGGAAGAUCUGGACGCCAACCUUCGGAAGCUCAACUCCCGCCUUUUUGUCAUCAGGGGCCAACCAGCCAACGUGUUCCCACGACUCUUUAAGGAGUGGAAAAUAUCUCGACUGACGUUUGAGUACGAUUCAGAGCCGUUUGGUAAGGAAAGGGAUGCUGCCAUCAAAAAACUGGCCAUGGAAGCUGGAGUGGAGGUCAUCGUCAAGAUAUCGCACACCCUCUAUGACCUGGACAAGAUCAUUGAGCUGAAUGGUGGCCAGCCUCCUCUGACGUAUAAGCGUUUCCAGACCUUGAUCAGUCGAAUGGAUCCACCUGAGAUGCCUGAGGAGACCCUAUCUGGUAGCUCAAUGGGUCGCUGUGUUACACCCGUCUCUGACGACCAUGGAGACAAGUACGGGGUACCGUCACUGGAGGAGCUUGGCUUUGACAUUGAGGGACUGCCUUCAGCAGUGUGGCCGGGAGGAGAGACUGAGGCAUUGACCAGAAUUGAGCGCCAUCUAGAGAGGAAGGCAUGGGUGGCCAAUUUUGAGCGUCCCAGAAUGAAUGCAAACUCCCUAUUGGCCAGCCCCACCGGCCUCAGCCCCUACCUGCGCUUCGGCUGCCUGUCUUGCCGCCUUUUUUACUUCAAGCUCACGGACCUCUACCGCAAGGUGAAAAAGAACAGCUCCCCUCCACUCUCCCUUUAUGGCCAGUUACUCUGGAGAGAGUUUUUCUACACUGCCGCGACCAACAACCCACGGUUUGAUAAGAUGGAGGGAAACCCCAUUUGUGUUCGCAUCCCUUGGGACAAAAAUCCUGAAGCACUUGCAAAGUGGGCUGAGGCCAAGACGGGCUUUCCUUGGAUCGACGCUAUCAUGACCCAGCUUAGGCAGGAGGGCUGGAUCCAUCACCUGGCCCGACAUGCGGUAGCCUGCUUCCUCACGAGAGGGGACUUGUGGAUCAGCUGGGAGGAGGGGAUGAAAGUUUUUGAAGAGUUGCUUCUAGACGCUGACUGGAGCGUGAAUGCAGGCAGCUGGAUGUGGCUGUCUUGCAGUUCAUUUUUCCAGCAGUUUUUCCACUGCUACUGCCCCGUGGGCUUCGGCAGACGGACCGACCCCAACGGGGACUUCAUUAGACGAUAUUUACCUGUCCUCCGAGGUUUCCCUGCCAAGUACAUUUACGACCCAUGGAACGCGCCAGACUCCGUGCAGGCAGCUGCCAGGUGUGUCAUCGGUGUCCACUACCCGAAGCCCAUGGUUCACCAUGCAGAGGCAAGCCGUCUCAACAUCGAGAGGAUGAAGCAGAUCUACCAGCAACUCAGCCGAUACAGGGGGCUCGGACUGCUGGCAUCUGUGCCAUCCACAAAUGGCAACGGAAACGGAGGGAUGAUGGCCUACUCUCCUGGAGAGCAACAACCAGGGACCAACAACAACAACAGCAACAACUCACAAUGUUCAGGAGUGUCCGGGACCUCUGUCACAGCAGGGAACGGAAGUGGCAGCAUCCUCCUCAACUUUGACAGUGAAGAACAUUCGGAGUCCAGGAACGUUGGACAGCAGCAACAGCGUCCACCAUCACUGCCUCAACAGCAACAGCAAGGAUAUCACUCAGUGCCAGAUGCCAGCCAGACCAUCACCAGCAGUCGGCUUUACCACGAGUUUGCUGUGCCUCAAAAUCCAGGACUCUUACACUCAAGAGGCGGGAUCACAGGGAAACGUGAGCGUGAGUCGGAGCGGCAUGGAUCGGGGGAGGAAGAUGCCGUGUCCUGCUCUGUGCACAAAAUGCAGCGGCAGACUGAGACCACCUAAAGAAAGAGGAGACUUUCUUAACUCACAUCGCCAUCAAACCAGCAGAGAGGAAAACGCAGCAUCAUUGCCUGUCCUCCAAACACACACGCAGACAGGGCUGCCUCCUCGUCCUCCUCCUCCUCUCCCUCAUGCUUCCCCUCCUACUCCUCCGUCAUAUCUCAAACUGUUCUGGAGCCUUUUUUCAUUCAUACACUCAUCGGGAUGGAAAGGUGAAAAUGUGAUUUUUAAAAGCCCAGAAUAUUGUCUUAAAAAAAUGCUGACACCAGCAAGUGAGUUCCAUGCUGGCUCAGUUGUCAAUGUGAGCAGGCGAAUGUCAUGAAGCGACAAAAAACACACACUUAUUUCAUCAGACUCCACUCCGUCGCUUUGAUUUGAUUGUCUCACGUACGCCCUGUUGUCACGGAUAGUUGUAAAUAGACAUUUUUACCACAAACUAGUCCAUUGCUGUUUGUCAUCAGCGCUCACACAGGUUAGCAUCUUCUCGCCGACACACUUACUGCAAAGGUAGCUCUACAUCCAUGAUGGCAGCUAAAACAGAGUCACACAAAGCAGGGUGGUGAACAAGUUUACAAGUGAGAUAUCAGGUUUCCCUUGGCUGUACAACUGCCUUUAUUAUUGUGGCAUUAUUGAUCUUUGUAGCUACGACAUUUGACAGUCUUUACUCAGACAAACUGACGGAGCAUUUGCAACAAAACAUCAAUAUUUCAUUUAGAAGUCACAUUUUCACCACCAUAUCCCCCUGCAUCACCAACUGUCCGAGGAUGUUUUCUACCAUCACUGAAACAUUCUGUUAUGUCAGAGUGAGCUGAACCUUUUUUUUUUUACCACUCUUCAUGUUCAACAACCAAAACCAAGAGAAACCAAACCCAGGCUACUGGAACAGAACGCUCCUGUUUGAUCAUGUACACCUAACAAGUAGCCGGUGAGGGGCUCAAACCAAAAACACAAAGACUAUAAAUCAGACGACGGCGAGCUGGGAUUUGAUCCAAACCACAUUCCUCUGUAGAAGAACACAUGAAGGAUUUUCAACAUGUCAUCACACAUGAAGCUACAUCCACGAGAGCAACCGUCUUGGUAAGAAGAAUGCCGUUGAACUGAACCAGAGAAUGUACUGUUAACCUGAUAACAUCUCCAUCUUUAGCUUCUAAGCCCACAAUGAUGUUUGCAUACAUUGUAUUUAAAGGAAAACUCUUGAUAUAUAGACUUUUUUUUCGCCAAGUUUGGAAGAAAAACCCAAAACAUUUUGAUGUCACUUGAUUAAAUAAAAUACACUGAUAUCUGAUUUUUUUUUCGUCUUUGAUUUUGUAAUCCAUUUUUUUACAAAGUGAAAUAUUAACAUGCACCCACUACAGAAUCACGACAAUGCUGAAAACGAAUCAUAAGUGUAUUCAAGUAACGGGAAACUUGUCUUCUCUCGGAGCCCCAAUGUGAUUGUUCCAGCGCCCUCUGUCGGUCAGUCGCUGUAACACCAGACGAGAAAUAAACUACGUUUCCAUUUGACAAACUGGUUGGAAAAUAUGACGCUUUCCGAGUCUCCACUGGACUGCUGUUAUUUCAUUGUUUUUAUAUUCACGGUGUCUCUGCAGGCACUUACUUUGGAAUUCAGUUGUAAUCUUUCAGUUGUGCAUCCAUCAGAGCUGUGCACAUUGGGGCUGCGACAAGACGGUUUCACAACACUCUCGAGAAUUUGUGGUUUCAGUGGAGCUGUGGUGACUUCUGUCUGUGUACAGUACUUAAUAGUUGUUCACCUGUGAUUGUACUGUCCUCGGCUUCAGGGGGGUGGGGUGGCACGCUCGAGGGGCCAGGAACGCAGAAGUGUUUUAAUGUGUCUGUAUUAUGAUUCUGUAUGUUCUCUCCGCAAACUUAGUUUCAUAGCGCCGUAGAUCCAAGUUUUCUUUUGGCUUCUUUUGUGCUCCCUUCUGUGACUUGAAGGUUCCAGCCGAUGCAGUCCAUCAUCGUUGUAAUAUAACGCUCUUUCUGUCCAUCUUUGUGUUGUGGAAGGCUUUUCUUGCGCUUGAUCGAGCUUAAAGCAGAAAAUUAAACUUGUUACAACAUGGAAGAAA